AUGUCCAAGCGCAAACUCCCUGCCGCGCCAGAGGCGCCAGAGGCGGGGCGCGCGGCAGGCAAGCAGCGGCUGCAGCUGCCAGAGGAGGAGGAUGUCAACGACGUGCUCCUCCACGAGAUGCUCGGGGAUGGGAGCGAGGCCGCGGACGCGGAGGUCGAUCGGCUGAGCGGCGGCGUGGACUCGAUUGAGGGGGGGAUAGAGGGGCUCGACGCCGAGGACCUGCUCGCCAACCUCGAGGGGCAGCAGUCGGAGCGGGCGUCGGCAGAGAUUCCCGAGCUGCCGCCGGGGGAUGCGCCCUCGAUCCCCGAGCUGCCCGUCGGCGAUCUGCCGCCGGGGAUCGACGCGACGGCCCUCGCCAGCGGCGGCGAGCUCGACCUGAGCGCGGUCAGCCUCUCGACGGCGCAGGCGCGGAGGUUAGCGCCGAUGGUGUGCGAGAACGCGGCGCUCUCGGUGAUCAAAUUCUCGCAGCACGAGCUACCGGUUGGCGAGCUGCGCGAAGAGGACGAGCUAGAGUGGGACAGCGAGGAGUACACCGACGUGGAGGCGAUCCUGAUCGCCGAGUUCCUGAAGCACUCGACCAAGCUCACGCGGCUCGAUCUCGCGCGCAACCAGAUCUCGGACGAGGGCGCCAUCGCCCUCGCCACCGCCCUCUGCGCAAACUCGUCCAUCGAGUACCUCAACCUCGAGUCAAACAACCUGUCCGGGACGGCCGGCUCCGCCUUUUGCAAGGCGGUGGAGGACAACAGCUCGCUGCAGUACCUCAACAUCAUGUACAAUGCCCUGCCUACGACUGCACAGCAGGCGCCCGGCCUGCUGGCGCUGCACCCUGCCCGCGCCCUGCCCAUGCUCCGCGACUCGUGGUCGAAGAGCCGGUCGAACAUCGGCCUCCACCUCUAG